CUGCUGGCUUGCAUACAACUCAGCCAAACGGGAAUGGACUUGUAUACUGUCGGCGGAGUGAGGCGAAUCUGCGCACGUAUGCUGCGACGUAUGCUGCGCCGACGGCGGAGGCGAUAGUACUUGAAAUUACCGGAAGCACGCAGACCAUCAAGCUCGAAACAGGCGAGAUUGGCCGCCAGGCCAACGGCGCCGUGAUGGCCACGUGUGGCGAGACCAUGAUCUACGCCACCGCCUGUUGCUCCGCCUCCCCCACUGGGGACGGCUCCUUCCUGCCCCUCACCGUCAACUAUGCGGAGCGCUUCAGCGCGGCUGGGAGGACCAGCGGUGGCUAUGUAAAGCGGGAUGGUCGGCCCCGGGACUCCGAGGUGCUGGUGAGCCGGCUGGUGGACCGACCUCUGCGACCCAUGUUCGGAAAGGGCUGGGCGAAUGAGACGCAGGUGCUGGAAUGGGUUUUGUCGUACGACGGCAUUCACAACCCGGAGCCCAUCGCCAUUACCGCAGCGGCUGCGGCCCUCCUCAUCUCCGACAUUCCCCUUAAGAAGGCGGUGGCCGGUGUGCGUGUGGGUUUGCUGCCCGAUGAGGGGUACGUGGUAAACCCCACAGUGGAACAAAUGAAGGUCAGUCGCCUCGAUCUGAUGGUGGCCGGCACUCGUGACGCGAUCCUCAUGAUUGAGGGCUUCUGUGACUUUCUGACGGAGGAGCAAAUGAUUGAGGCUCUUGCUGUUGGCAGCCAGGCCAUCACCUCGCUGUGCCUGCAAAUGGAGGAUUGGGCCAAGAAGGUUGGCAAGCCCAAGCGUACGGAAAGUGUGGUUUCGGUGCCUGACGAUCUCGAGGAGCGGGUCAUGGCGCUGGUGGGGCCCCAGCUGAGGGAGGCGUACAGGACAUCUCUCAGUAAGGAGGUUCGGGGGGCGGCGGUGGCGGAGGCGCAAGCAAUGGCGACCGCGAAGCUGGGGGCGGCGACGGACGGCAACGGUACGGCGGCGCCGUACACGGCCCUUCAAAUCAGCAUGGCGCUCAAGGUGAACUUUGUCGCGGGGGUCCGGGCGGAGAUGUUCCGGAAGGGGCCCGGGGGAAAAGAGCGAGCCCGACUCCUGCGUGGGUGGGUGGCUGGCUGGCUUGGUGUUGGAGGGGGAGGUGAGCAACACCCACCAAAAGGGGAGGGGGAGGAGGAGGGUUGCGAAGGACGUGUAGACGCCUGGAGGUUCCCGUCCGUGGAGAGCCGCGUGAUGCGGUCGCUGGUGCUUGAGGAGGGUAUUCGUGCGGACGGGCGGCGUGUGACGGACAUACGGCCCAUCGCGAGCCGGGCGGGGUUGCUGCCCCGGACUCACGGCAGUGCGCUGUUCACCCGGGGGGAGACGCAGGCCAUCUGUGUCGCCACGCUGGGAACAGCAAGCGACGCGUUGCGGGCGGACACCAUGAGAAAGGCCGAGGAGGAUGACGGUGGCGAGGGGCGGUUCUACCUGCAGUACCACUUCCCGCCGUCGAGUGUGGGCGAGACCGGCCGCGUGGGGGGACCAGGUCGUCGUGAGCUGGGCCAUGGUGAGCUAGCUCAGCGGGCACUGGCCCCCAUCGUGCCCAACCAAGAGCAGUUUCCGUACACCGUACGGCUGGAGUCCACCAUUACGGAGUCUAACGGCUCAUCCUCCAUGGCCUCCGUGUGCGGGGGCUGUCUGGCGCUGCAGGACGCGGGAGUGCCCAUUCUGAGGCCCGUGGCAGGCAUUGCCAUGGGCCUUAUCUUGGAACCAGCAGCCCAGAAUCCAGAUCCUGAAUCCGGAUCCGGAUCCUCCUCCCCCCGUCACGUGGUGUUGUCCGACAUCCUGGGUAGUGAGGACGCCCUGGGGGAUAUGGACUUCAAGGUGGCCGGGGAUACGGACUCCAUUACGGCAUUCCAGAUGGAUAUCAAGGUGGAGGGCAUCACGCUGGAGAUCAUGUCCUCAGCUCUGAAUCAGGCCCGGGAGGGUCGCAGACACAUCCUGCAGCAAAUGGAGCGGUGCAGUCCGCCCCCCGCCGGACGACUGAACGCGCACGCACCCCGGCUGCUGAGAACUAUGGUAGGAGGGGGCCCGAGGGGGGAACUCAUGUGCGAGGAGGUUGACCCAGCCAAGAUCGGUGCCAUCAUCGGUACGGGAGGUCGUACAAUCAAGCAGCUAAAGGAAGUUACUGGAGUUACAGCCAUCGAACUGGACGAGGACGGCCGGGUCAAUGUCGUGUCCCCCAGCCAGGAGGCCGCAGCUCGCGCCAUGGAGCUGAUCAACCUGCUGGUUUCGGACCCGGAGCCGGGGACUGUGCUCAGGCAGAGGGCGGUGACGUCCGUGGCGGCCUUUGGCUGCUUCGUGGAGCUAUGUCCAGGACGACAGGGUUUGGUACACGUCAGCGAGUUGGCGGACCCCCCGCCCUCCGACGUGGGCUCCGUUGUGGCGGUUGGUGACAAGAUUGAUGUCAUGGUCAUGUCGUGCGACGGGGGAAAGGUGGCGCUCAGCCGGCGGGCAGUGGCCCUACUGGAUCAGGGGGAGGGCUACCCCAAGUUCAAACGGGCAGCACCCGGAGGGGGGGAGAGAGGCGUUGGGGUCGGGGGAGGGCGGACAACGGGCAUGGCGGGGCCAGGCUUGGUGGGAGGUCGUGGGGGAGGCAGCAGCGGUGGCGGUGGAGGGGGCCGCGGUAUCGCGGACCGCAACCGCCGGACGUGACAAGCAAGCAAGGCCCAGACGACCCAGCCACAACCCACUCUGCCAGUUAGGCAGUCGAGUAGUUAGCCGUUCAGACAAUCAGGAAAGACGACGCGCUCGGCACUCCCAAUGGGCGCCUCAUUUAUAUAUGUCCAGAAUAGGCAACUUCUAACGAUCUGCUCAUAUGCCGCAAGGCAAAUGGCGCCACCAGUGCAUUAGGGGCCACCACUCCGGGGCCACCACUCCUGCACUCUCGUUUUUUGCCGUGACGUGUGUUUCCGGUACAGAGUUUUCACAUCGGCGCGUCAGGUCGCAACACCCGGCGAAGGGAGGGGAGCUGCAAAGGGGAGUCUAUUUGAUAUUCGGGCGAGUUGUGUAAUUCAUCAUCCCGCAGUUAGAUCUAGCUGAUGCAGCUGGUGCGGACGCCAGCAGCAUCACGAGGGGUCCUGGGUGCUUGGGCCUUUGGGGUGUGGGUGGCUGGGUGGGGUGGGUAGGUCAUCUCGCUGGGUGUAGGGGUUGCGCAC